AGACGCGGGACCGUCAGGACCGAGAGCUGCUCCCCGAACUCAGACCCGACACCCGGACCGGAGCCCGUGGCUUAGACGGAGGAACCGAGACCCGGACCGGGAAACCCGAGCCUGGAACCCGAGCCUGGAACCGGGACCUCGGCCCGAGCAGGAGAAGGCCCGUGAGGACCCACCCCCUCCCUCCGGUCCCGGUACGGUCCCGGUGCGGUUCCACGCUGGCAGAGGGCUUUCCUGGACGGGGAGGAUCCGCUGGACUCGCCGGUCUCGGGGCCUCGGCGGCGGAGCGACCGGACUGAGGCGGCGCUGGGCGGGUUGGGCCUGCGAGGACCGGAGCAUGUGGACGGCCUCCGGUUGCCAUGGAGACACUGGAUAAGAAACAGGAGGACGACGGGGUGGGACUGACCACCGCCCAGGCGCUGCUGAAGCUCAGGGACCAGCUCGGCGUCCUGCUGGACCAGCACCAGAGGACGGCACGCCGCAAGGCCUCCGCACAGGAGCGUUGGGCGAGCAGCUUCGUUCACCAUGGCAACCGCCACUCCUGUCUCCACUGGCCGGGAGCCGCCCUCACGCUGCUGGUGGUGCUGGGACUCCUCUGUUGCCAUGGCAGCCAGCCAGUGGGCAGCUCGGGGAUCGAGUUGUUGAACGCCGCUGCUCUGCUGCUCCUCUUCGUGCUCAACCUGCUGCUGGUCGGCCGGCAGGAGAGGCUGAAGAGGACGGAGAUGGUGAGCCGCCUCCGAGGCAUCAUCACCCAGCUGAGCGACUACCUGUCGGGCUGCGUGGACGAGGUGCCCUGGCCCCCGUCCCUCUACCCCGACCUGUACACCCCCGUGUCCCCGUCCUGGGCGCUGCACUGGACCUACCGGGACGGUCUGCUGGUCAACCUGCCCGUCAGCCUGCUGGUGGAGGGAGACAUCAUCGCACUGAGACCCGGACAGGAGGCCUUCGUGUCCCUCAGGGGCAUCAAGAGCGACGAGCACAUCGUUUUGGAACCAGGAGACCUGUUCCCCCCGUUCUCCCCCCCUCCCUCCCCGCGGGCCAAUGAGAAGAGAAGCCCCCAGAGCCCCCAGCAGCACCGGCUGUUCCGGGUGGUCCGGACCCCGGUGCUGGAGCCGGUCAGGAACAGUCUGGACCUGGCGCUGUCCCGGCCCGUCACCGUUCUCGACAACGAGCGCUUCCACGUGCAGUCGCUCAUCACCAAGAUGGUCUGCCCCGUCGUCGUGGCGGCGUUCCUGCUGGUCAACACGGUCCGGUUCUGCUGUGACGCCCCGGGCCUGACGCCGGCCGUCUUCCACUUCUUCCAGCUGCAGGUGAUGGGGGUCCUGCCCAUCCUGCCCCUGCUCUUCCCCGUCAUGUGGGUGCUGGUCAACGCCUUCGGGGAGGCCCGAGUCCUGGCCGAGUUCAGCCGAGCGUCGCCAGCUGGUCUGCUUGCUAAGUUCUCUGAGGACACUCUCAGCAGCUACACAGAGGUGGUGUCCUCUCAGGACAUGCUGCGCUGCGUCUGGAGGCACCUGGUGGGAAUCCUGAAGGGGGAAUCUCCCACGCUGUGUUACACGUCCAGCCUGCUGCACACGCUGGGAUCCGUCACCGUCCUGUGUUGUGUGGACAAGCAGGGGAUCUUGUCCUGGCCGAACCCGAGUCCAGAGACGGUUCUGUUCUUCAGCGGCCGGGUGGAGCCCCCCCACAGCAGCGAGGACGACCUCCGCGACGACCUGUCCGUCAACUCGUACUGCCGGCUGGAGGCCGACGAGGACCGGGAGGAGGUGUGCGUGUUCCACAGCCAGGCUCAGGCCCAGGAGGCCGAGGCUCUGCUCCAGCUGUCUGCAGACCCCCCCACCCAGCAGGGGGCGCCGCCGGAGUCCGGCGACCUGCUGCAGGAAUCCGCUCGCUCCCUGGAGACGCCGCGGGCCCGGCAGCCCGUUCUGCCCCCGCACCACCGCACCAAACACCACUCCGGCUCCAACGUCAGCUUCAGCCACGACACGGAGGGAGGAGAGGAGGACCAGAACUCGGCCCUGGGCUGCCCGGAGGCGGAGGCCGACGACUUUGUGUGCGACUACCACCUGGAGAUGCUGAGCCUGUCCCAGGACCAGCAGAACCCCACCAGCAUCCAGUUCGACGAGCAGAGCUGGCAGGGCCACCUGCCGUCGCUGAAGCCGCUGGGCCUCAACAUCAUGCUGAACCUGUGCAACGCCAGCGUCACGCAGCAGCUGUGCCGCUUCUCCGACCACCUGUCCCACCUGGCGCUGCAGGAGAGCCACGGCACCGUGCUGCCCGUGCACGUGCCCUGGGGGCUCUGCGAGCUCUCCAGGCUCAUCGGGUUCACGCCGGGGGCCCGGGAGCUGUUCCGACAGGAGAACCACCUGGUUCUGUACCAGCUUCCCUCGGGGGAGAAGACCAAGGAGUUCACCUCCCGCCACCUCCUCUACUCCAUCAAGCGCCAGCCGACCAUCUCCCACCUCAUCUCGCUGUUCGUACGAGACUCCUCCUCCAACCACGUCCAGAUGUUGUCUCACGGGUCAGCUGACCUCAUCCUGGAGGCGUGCACAGACUUCUGGGACGGCACCGACAUCUACCCGCUCUCCGGCUCGGACAGGAAGAAGGUGCUGGACUUCUACCAGCGGGCCUGCCUGUCCGGCUACUGCUCGGCCUUCGCCUACAAGCCCAUGCACGUGUCGGUGUCGGGCCAGCUGAACGGGAAGUGUGUGGAGCUGGCGCCGGGCCCGCUGCUGUUCUCGGGGCUGGACCUCCCCGCCACCACGCCCAUCAAGGCCGGGUCCUGCAGGAACAGCUGGAGUUCUGACGAGGGCAUCGGCGAGGCGGUGGAGCGGGACGACUGCGUGCAGGCGCUGAGCGGCCAGAUCUUCAUGGGGAUGGUGUCGUCCCAGUUCCAGGCCCGGCUGGACACGGUCCGGCUGAUCGACGCGCUGGUCAACGCCUGCAUCCGCUUCGUGUACUUCUCCAGGGAGGACGAGCUCCGCAGCAAGGUGUUUGCAGAGAAGAUGGGUCUGGAGACGGGCUGGAACUGUCACAUCUCUCUCACCCCCAACGGAGACGGGCCCUACGGUGGAGCCCCGUCCAGCCCGGGCCAGGGCUCGCUGCCGGACGAGCUGCACCAGGAUUCCCGGGACGAGGCGGAGGGGCCGCUGCUGCCCGAGGAGGAAGCUCACUCAGACCUGGCCAGCUUCCAGCCCACCGACAGUGACGUGCCCAGCUUCCUGGAGGACUGCAACAGAGCCAAGCUGCCUCGCGGGAUCCACCAGGUCCGUCCGCACCUGAAGAACAUCGACAACGUGCCUCUCCUGGUGCCCCUCUUCACCGACUGCACCCCCGACACCAUGUGUGAGAUGAUGAAGAUCAUGCAGGAGAACAGGGAGGUGACCUGCUGUCUGGGGAGUUCAGCCAACUUCCGCAACAGCCGCCUGUUCCUGCAGAGCGACCUGAGCCUGGCGCUGGACCCCCUGUACCCGUCCCAGUGCUCGUGGGAGACGUUCGGCUACGCCAGCAGAGGGCUGGACGGGGACAUGGAGGGCCUGUCCCCCACCCGGCUGUCGGGGCAGCUCAACAGCCUGGGCUGCUCCGUGUCCUUCCACCAGGGGGACAGCGUCAGCAUCGUGAAGCUCAUUGAGCAGGCGCGCCACACCACCUCCGGCAUCCGGAAGUGCUUCCUGUUCCUGCUGCAGUGCCAGCUCAGCCUGGUCAUCGUUCAGUUCCUGGCCUGCGCGGCUCAGCUGCCGCCCCCCCUGAACACCACCGACAUCCUGUGGGUGUCCUGCUUCAGCUGCCCGCUGCUCAGCGUGUCUCUGCUGGGGAAACCUCCGGACAGCUCCGUCAUGACGGUGGCCACGGGGAAGAACCUGGACUCCAUCCCAAAGAAGACUCAGAACUACUUCCUGGGCUGUUUCCUGCUGAAGUUCGGCCUGACGCUCUGUGCCUUCCUGCUGGCCUUCGGCUUCACCCUGCAGGCCGUCUGCUCCGCCAGCAAGAACGCCACCGUCGCCGAGAACGUCACCUGCAGCUCCUUGUUCAUAGCCAGCUCGUCCUCCGAGGCUCCUCAGUGGUUCCUGGAACUCUCCAACGGCCUGCUGCUCACGCAGAAACUCAUGGCCGGCUUCCUGGUGUUACACACGGUGGUGAUCUCUCUCAGCUACGUCCACCGCUCUCAGCCUCUGUGGAGGAAGAGUCCCUUCAGCAACACCUGGUGGUGCCUCACAGUGCCGGCCGUACUCCUGGGCCAGGUCGUCCAGGCGACCGUGGACUACCAGCUGUGGAGAGACGGCAGCAACCCGCUGAGCUUCAGCCUGAAGCAGGUCCCGCUGGAGUGCUGGCUGCUCGCCUCGCUGUCCCCCCUGCUGGUGGUGCUGGUCAACGAGGUGGUGAAGAUCCACGAGAUACGGUACGGGUGGUGGUGCUGGUCAACGAGGUGGUGAAGAUCCACGAGAUACGGGUCCGGGUCCGGUACCAGAAACGGCAGAAGCUGCAGUUUGAAACCAAGCUGGGGAUGAACUCUCCGUUCUGACGCCGUCCCGGCGGGAACCGCGCGUUUCUACCGGGGACUGGACUUUGGGGAGAGGCCGGAGUACCGAGUACCGCUGCUCGUCUUUUCUCUCCAGGACUGAACACAGGAAGUGAGCAGAGCAGCUACUUCCUGUCUUGUUUUUCACUGUUCCAGCAUGUUCACCCGUGAGCUGGUCUGUCAACGCAUCGGCACGUUUCCCCCUCCGACCGGAGCAGAACCUUCUACCCACCGGGUCGCUCAGCAGCUAAACAUGAGAGAUGUGACGGAGGGGGAGGAGUCACUCUCGUCCAAUCACAGCCCGGCUCUGCUUCGUCCCGACAGGACGAGCCCACGCCGAACUUUUCACUCUCAGACGACUGAAAACUCACUGGACUUGAUGAGGUUGAUGUUUACGGGUGACAGGAAGUCCCGAGUUCUCCCGGUUCUGCUUCAUCCGGACUUCUCUCAGCACUGAAACACCUGAAUGUUCUUGAAUCACUUUCUUUGAUGUACGAGAUUUUUCUGAACCUUAAAUGAUCACUUCUUCCCCUUAUUGAGAUGCUUAAUGAAGGUAAAUCAUCUGUUUUUUGUUUUGAAAUGACAAAAUAAAAAAAGAGAAAUAAUCCAAAAUAAUCCGU